ACAGUUGCUAGUUCUGGAUCCCCAAAUAUACCACCGGAAGAACAACUCCAUGAACGUCGUCCACGGAGGAUCUUUAUAGCGAUCGUCCUCCGCACAUGCCUUACUUCCCCGCAACUAACCCCGGAAAAGAUCGAAGCCCGCUGCACAACGUCACAGGGAUCGUCAACAUACAAUAAAACCACAGCGGCGCCUGUAUUGCAAUUAUGAUCAAGUCCGCUCCGAACUAGUUUGUUAAAACCGAGAAUGCAGUUAUUGCAGAUUGGAUCGCUUCUAGCGAUCAGUGGGUUGGUUGACUAUUCAAACGCGAAAUCACUAUGGUCGACGGUCCCCGCGAACGGUAGCGACAUCAUUCGUACUACUUAUCCUCUUGGGAAUGGACGUCUUGGUGCCAUGCCAAUUGGCCCACCCGGUGCUGAGACACUCACCCUGAACUUGGAUACAUUGUGGUCAGGAGGUCCUUUCAAUGCAUCGAACUACACAGGCGGUAACCCGAAGUCUUCCAUAGCAGCAGCAUUACCGAGUAUUCGGGACUGGAUCUUCACCAAUGGAACGGGAAACGUGACGGAACUGCUGGGCUUAGACGCCUCGUAUGGCUCGUACCAAGUGCUAGGAAACUUGAGUGUGUCCAUGCCGUCAAUAGCAGGUGCCGAUGUUACCGACUAUACGCGGACAUUGAACCUGAGCAGCGGCAUCCACACUACGGCAUUCAGCGUGAACGGUAGCCUCGUGGAGACUGAAGCAUUCUGCUCUUUUCCAGAUCAAGUCUGUGUCUAUUCGGUUCGCUCGUCGGGUGAGCUGCCAGCGCUGGAAGUGAGACUCGACAAUGCACUCAUUGAGCCGGAGCUGCGUAAUGUUACAUGCGUUGGUGGUAAUGCGACAAGUUCAGGGCAUCUAAGAAUGAGCGCCCUAACCCAGCUUGGUCCACCGGAGGGCAUGCGAUACGACGCGAUUGCACGAGUGGCAUCCGGCACUGUUGUCAGAGCCGCAUGUGAUGGUGACGCCAAUUCUCUGAUGGUAUCAUCGCGCAACGGCACAAACAGCGUCACGAUAGUGGUAGGCGCUGAAUCCAGCUACGACGCAAAGAAAGGAACAGCGGAAUACGAUUACUCCUUCCGUGGCGAAGAUCCAGGCCCAGUCGUUGAGGCCACAACUCUUGCCGCUGCCGCGAGACCGUUAUCGGAUCUACAAGAGCGCCACAUGAACGACUUUAGUUCCCUCACUGACCUCUUCACACUGUCUCUUCCCGAUCCUUUCAACUCAUCUCAAGUACCCACAUCCGAGCUCGUCGCACGUUAUAACGCCAACAGUACAGCCGGCGACCCAUACCUCGAGAGCCUGCUCUUCGAUUAUUCACGAUAUCUCUUCAUCGCCAGCUCGCGACCAGGCUCCCUUCCCCCGAACCUUCAAGGAAGAUGGGCCGAAAGCCUCCAACCCGAUUGGUCGGCAGACUACCACUCCAACAUCAACAUCCAGAUGAACCACUGGACCGCCGACCAGACGGGUUUGACUGAUCUUCAAUCACCGCUUUGGAACUAUAUGUCUGAUAACUGGGUUCCGCGCGGCAGCGAGACCGCCGAACUGCUAUACGGCGCACCUGGAUGGGUAGUUCACAACGAGAUGAACAUUUUCGGCCACACGGGAAUGAAGAGCGGAGCUGAAUGGGCGAACUAUCCGCUUUCCGCAGCUUGGAUGAUGCAGCAUGUCUUCGACCAUUGGGACUACUCGCGCGACGAGGCGUGGUUGCGCAAUCAGGGCUACCCACUGAUGAAGGGCGUUGCGCAAUUCUGGCUCAGCCAGCUACAAGAAGAUGUAUUCAACAAUGACGGAUCGCUGGUCGUAAACCCAUGCAACAGCCCUGAGCACGGUCCUACGACUUUCGGAUGCGCACACUAUCAGCAACUCAUUCACCAGGUUUUUGAUGCCAUCCUUUCCACUGCUACAACCGUCAACGAAACUGACAGCGCAUUUGUCAACAACAUUACCGGUUCGCUCCAGCGGCUCGACAAAGGUUUCGCGAUCGGUACCUGGGGCCAAAUCAAAGAGUGGAAGCUACCCGAAGAGCCAUACGGAUUAGAGUUCAUCAACGACACCCACCGCCACCUUUCAGAACUAGUCGGCUGGUACCCCGGUUACUCGAUCUCUUCCUUCCUCGACGGCUAUACCGAUACCGCAGUCCAAGACGCCGUUCGCCAGAAGUUGUACAGCCGCGGCAACGGCAACGGCGAGGCACUCAACCAAGCAAAUGCCGGAUGGGCGAAGGUUUGGCGCGCCGCUUGCUGGGCUCGCCUUAACGAAACGGACGAAUCGUAUUACGAGCUCAGAUAUGCGAUUGAACAGAACUUCGCUGGUAAUGGGUUGAGUAUGUAUGAUGGAGACAGGAUUCCGUUUCAGAUUGACGCAAAUUUUGGGUUUGGGGGCGCGGUUUUGAGUAUGCUUGUUAUGGAUAUGCCACUGGCCGCAGGUGAUGCACGUAAGAAGACUGUAAUAUUGGCCCCAGCUAUUCCGAAGAGUUGGGGUGGUGGAAGCGUAAAGGGUUUGCGGUUGAGGGGCGGCGGGGUUGUCGGGUUUGGGUGGAAUGAGGAUGGUGUGGUUGGGGAGUUGGAGAUUGAUGGGAAGCUUGAGGGAGUGAGGAUUGUGGAUAAGGAGGGAAAGGUGCUUGUAGAGUAGGAUGUAGGAUCUUGGAAGGGCAUGAA